AUGGUUCUAGCGAAGAAGAAGCUCAAGCAGCAGCUCAGGUCCCUGCUGGCGGUGUCCGUCGAGGCGGCGGAGUCCAGAAAGCCAUCGAAAGCCGCCACCGCCGCCGCUUCCGCCGGAGCAGAAGACGUCAACCAGCGGCUGCAGAGUCUCAGGGAGCUCCUGGUCUCGAAGAACCGCCGGGACAACCGGCCGACUAGGAGAGGCGGGAGGAAGAGGAGGAGGACAUCUCCGGGAGACUCGAAACCUGCUGCGGAGGCGGCGGCGGAGGGCGGAGAAGCCGCCGGUUCUCCGGCGGGCUCGAGCAAGGGGAAGAAGAGGAAGAGAGCAGGCGAUGGAGCCGCUGAAUCGAGCGAGCAGGACCAGGGAAGUAACAUGAAGGGGAAGGAAGAGGAGAAGAAGAACAAGAAGAAGAAGGCGGAGAAGAACAAGAAGAACAAGAGGAACAAGAAGAGGAAGAGCAGCCAGAAGAAGAACGGGGAAGAAGAUAAGGAAGGGACGAAGACCUGCUCCAGUGAGAAGAAGGCGGUGGAAACUGCGACAAUCGACGCGAGGUAAAAUCCCAGACCGCUUAGCCGACGUCGUCGUCGUCCUCUUCGAUUGAUCGUUCAUCGUGUUGGCUCCUGGUGAAUUUACAGAGACGAAAAUGGAGAUGCCGGCAGGAAGGUCUACGUGGGAGGCAUUCCGUACUACUCGACCGAGGACGACAUACAGAGCUUCUUUGAAGGUUGCGGGACUGUGUCCGAGGUUGACUGCAUGAUGUUCCCGGAGAGCGGCAAGUUCAGGGGAAUCGCCAUUCUCACUUUCAAGGUCAGCCCAAGCUUCCUCCCUCCCUCCCUCCUCCCCCAUUUUCUUCCCGAAAAAAGAAAACCCUUCUCGGUUCGAUCUAACACUGAGACUGAACCAUCUUUCCAUUCAUGGUAGAUUCUAGGUGAAUUUUUUUAAUGGCGAUUAACAGGGAGCCCUCUGAUCUCGUUUGUGAUGCAGACUGAAGCAGCUGCUAAGAGGGCGAUGGCGCUGGACGGUUCCGACAUGUAAGUAAUUUGCUGAUUGCUGCUCAUCGUCCCCUUCUUCCCCUGAAUGAAUGAGAAAGAGGAGAUCGAUUGCUGAUCAUCUCUUCAGGGGUGGAUUGUACCUGAAGAUCCAACCGUACAAGGCGGCGGCGCCGCCGCCGACCCGGCAGAGAUCGGAUGUCUUCUCCCCGGAGAUCAUCGACGGGUACAACCGGCUCUACGUGGGGAAUCUGGCGUGGGACAUCACGGAGGAGGACCUGCGGGCGUUUUUCCAGGGCUGCAGUAUCUCUGCUGUUCGGUUCGGGGAAGACAAGGCGACGGGCGAGUUUAAGGGCUACGCGCACGUAGACUUCCACGACGGCGUCUCCCUGGCGGCGGCGCUGAAGCUGGACCAGGCGGAGCUCUGCGGGCGGCCGGCGAAGAUAAGCUGCGCCGUCCCUACGAAGAAGGUGGUGGCUGCGCCGAAGCCGGCGGCGGUGGGCGGGCAGCGAGGGACGACGGUGCCUGCCGCCGCCGCCGGCGGUGGCGGAGGGAAGAAGAAGAAGAGGCAGACCUGCUACGAGUGCGGCGUCCCGGGGCAUCUCUCUUCGGAUUGCCCGCAAAAGAAACCGGCGGUGGUUGCCGCCCGCUGA